AUGGCAACACGUUAUAUUGAGAACGAAGGAAAUCAAGCCUACUAUUUUUCAUCGGGUGGCACAACGCAAAAUCAACAGACCACAACAGGUGGGAAUACUCCAACCUAUGUUACUCAAUCUCGUGCAGCAGAAUACACGCCUCAUGCAUCAGGUGUUGGAGGUAUUUCACGUCAGCAACAACAACAACACCAGUCUUUGACUAGUUAUGAUGAACAAAGCAGACAAGAAUAUCGUACAUCACCAACUACACAUCAACAAAUUCAACAAUACACCAAUGAUUAUUAUCCACCGCAACCAAGAAAGCCAGACCACCAACCGUUAUAUGAUGAUUAUACGACUCAAACGGCCGUUGCUGGGUUCAAAACAAGUCCGCAACGACAGCAGCAACAACAAGCCCAUUACCAACAGCAACAAGCGCAACAGCCUAAACUGGCUGCUGUUCAAGUUCGUUUGAAUAAUGAACAGCCUCAAUUAAUAAUACAACAGCAGCAGCGAUCACCUUAUUUAGAACAUGGUACGGCAUCUUCCUACGAAAGUAUGGGUAUUCCAAAACAGUUUACCAUUUCACCACAAUCAUCCAGCCAUUCUUACACUCAAAAACAGCCACAACCGACCAUUUAUUCAACACCAGGAGCCGAACAGUAUACUCAAGUGGCUUCUCCGAGUCUUCAACGUCAUAGUGAAGCUCAACAACAAGUUCGGGUUCAUAGUACACAACAACGAGACGGUGCGUCAUUAACUCAACAAGAACAAUUGCAGCAAUAUUACAGUCAAUUGACACCUGAACAAUAUCAGCAACUACUGAGACAGCAACAAUUACAACGCCAACAACAAGAAGAACAAAAACGCCAACAAUUAGCGCAACAACAAUAUUAUCAACAACAACAAUCCUCGUCUGUUCAUAUCGAAAAACAGCAAGAGCCUCGUUCGACGUCACAAACACAGCGCGAUCAUCAACAAUAUGAAGAUGCAUACGCUCGACAACGAAGUAAAUCGGAACAAGAGCGUGACGAAGAACAAAGAUAUUAUGCACAACUGGCUCGUCAGCGGCAAUUACAAGAGCAACAACAAAUGCAAAAACAACAAAGUGCAGAUGCUUAUCAAACUCAAGUGCAAGCACGUCAAGUUCAAUCGACUGCAACUCAACCGAGAGUCGUUCAACAGCAACAAUCAAUCAGUAACCAAUAUCAUCAACAGCAACAAUUCUCUCAACAACCACCACAACCGGUGGGCAUUCGAGGUUUAAUGACCAAAUUUUCUGGUCCAACGGUGUUGCAAACACAUGUACCAAAACCAAAAUCACAAUCGAACCUACAAUCGCAUCAAACAAACACAUCAAGUUAUACAAAAACAGUUUCAACACACCAUAUGACGUACAGUAAUCUACCACCACCAAGAGAACCGCCCGUUAAUAGCUCUGUAGCUUAUCAACAGCAACAAUAUUCGAAUAUUCAACAAGCCUCUGCUCCACAACAUAUUCAAGGUUCUGCACCAGGUUUCGGCGCAUUGCGUGAAAGAUUCAAAGCGACAUCCAUAUCUGAAAGUCAAGAUUCAUCUCAACAACAAACGCGUUCUUCAGCAGGUGGAUCACUUGAUCAAUUACGUGAUCAGUAUAUGAAUCAAGCAAUAGCUGCUGCUGGACAAGAAGACGAAUCAAUGGCACCAAGAGUUCAAAAUGUUGCUCGUAACGUAGCGCAAGCGCCGAUUACCAGCCGCGUAUAUGAACAGUCGAAUCACUCAGGCUUUACUCACAAAACAUAUGAACCACUAUCUCAUACAGAAACUAGCAACAAAAUCGCGACGCCGACAGUUGGUGAACAACCACAAUACCAGCAAUCAAACGCGACCGAGGCAAGCGAACAAUCGUCCGAAGUAGCACUGGCUGAAGGUUCUUUAUCGGCAAACGCAGCGGUCCUCGACAUUGACGGACAAGCUCCUACUGAAAAUACGACGACGCCUGCGGAAACGACACCUGCGGAACCGACACCUGCGGAAACGGCACCUGCGGAAACAAAGCCUACAGAAACGAAGCCUACGGAAACGAAGCCUACAGAAACGAAGCCUACGGAAACGAAGCCUACGGAAACGAAACCUGCGGAAACGAAACCUGCAGAAACGAAACCUGCGGAAACAAAGCCUACAGAAACGAAGCCUACGGAAACGAAACCUGCAGGAACGAAACCUACGGGAACGAAACCUGCGGAAACGAAACUUACAGCAACGAAACAAACGCCUUCCACCGCCAGUUCAGCAACUAAGAUGAAAGGAACUGCAGCUGCUAAAUAA